CGCAGCCACCGACCCAAGUCCUGGACUUUAGUUACAUUGUUGGGCGAGUUUUCCCAACUCCCUCGGCCGCGGCGUUGCGCACACCCGGCGGGACUGGCUGGGCUCCUCUCGGCUCUGCCUCUGGCGCCGUUUGGAAACGCGCUCCGGCCUGCGAGGAGGAGGCGGCGGCGGCGGCGGCGGCGAGGCAGGGAGCGAGGCUCCGGAGCCGCGGCGGCGGGAGGGGGGAGGAGAGCCCCGGCCCCCCAUCCGCCAGCGCGACGCGGAGAGACGCGGAAGGGCCCUUCCAGCCGGCCGCCCCGGGAUCCGCCUCCCUGCGCCUCUGGCUCGGCGGGCGACCCGCUCGGCGGGCUCCGCAGCGGCCCCCCCGCCGCCGCCUCCACUCUUUCCCGCCGCCGAUCGCCACGCCGCGCCGCUGGGCAUGAGUUAGAUCGCGGACAUGGACACCAAACAUUUCCUCCCGCUGGAUUUUUCCGCCCAAGUGAAUUCGACCUCCUUAAGUUCUCCCACCGGCCGGGGAAGCCAUAUGGGCACACCUGCCCUCCACCCCUCCAUGGGGCCCAGCCUCGGAGGCUCCUUGGGGUCGCCCAGCCAGCUCCACUCGCCCAUCAACGGCAUGGGGCCACCCUUCUCCGUCAUCAGCUCCCCGAUGGGGCCUCACCCCAUGUCUGGACCCUCCACCCCCGGCCUCGGAUACGGAGCUGGCAGCCCGCAG